AUGAGCAGCAUAAAGGAGAAGAAAACUGUAAAAAAUACAGUUACAAGUACGAACGGAGUACACGAGAAAGAGCCGGAAAAUCCUCAGGAUGUGACAUUGGAAGAACAGCAAAAAGAUACGCUUAAGACCAAACUGGAUAACGUCAAAGCGAAAAGAGGCGACCUUCCCGCUCUGCAUUUUGCGGCCAUGGAGUCGGAUGUUGAGGUUUGCCGUCAUCUCGUGGAAAAGGAGGGCGCCAAUGUAAAUGAAAUAUGCAGAAGAUCUGGCGCCACUCCUCUGCACUACGCUGCCAAGAACGAAACCCACGCAGAUGCUCUGAUCGACUUUUUCAUUGAGAAAGGAUGCGACUUCGAAAAUACAUGCAUGUAUGGAGAUUUGAAAGUCUGCAAGUGGGUGUUUGAAGAGGUCAACAUACACUUCAGUUCGAUUUGGGGAGACGCAUUGAAAAACAAAAUUCUAUGCCAUGCAGCUACGAAUAGUUACCAAGCAAGACAAAACCUUCAAUAUCUGUUCUCAAGGUUCAAACUCUCCUCUGAUGAACAAAGAAAUGCUUUUGGGAACGCUCUUGUGUCAGCAAUUCAAGGACUACCUUUCAAUGCUGUAAAAGCAGAAGAGUUUAUUCAGUUGUUAGGCAGUAAUGUUAGGCUCAAAAUAUCAGGAUUUACUUUGAUGCAUCACGCCGCGACAAACAGUGUAGCCGCAUUGGAGUUUGUGCACAAUAAGGACGCAAGCCUGAUCAACGAGGUCAGUGACGAUGGUGCCACAGUUCUCCAUCUCGCUGCAAUGAAGGGAAGCGAGGACAUAUGCACGUGGCUGAUCAAUCACGGACAAAACAUCUUCGCCGUGAACAAAAACAAUGAUGGAACUUUUCUCCAUUACGCUGCUCAGAACGUGACAAACGGACACUUGAUCAUUCAUAGAUUUGGAACUGAACUCCGCGACAUUGUGAACCGAAUCGACAAAUACUUGUACACUCCUCUUCAUUGGGCCUUGGUCAACGAAGAUAAUGCAAAUGAAAUCGCUAGAGCUUUGCUAUGCUAUGGUGCCGAUUUGAGCGUGAUAAGAAAUGGAAACAACUUCCUUCACUUCUGCAUCGUUAAGGGCAAGUUAAAGAGUGCCAAAUUCGUUCACGCCAUUGACAAAAAUCUGAUCAAGGAAAAGGGAGAGGAAGGAAAAACCACCCUGCACAUUGCUGCCGACCAUUUCAAUGAAGAAAUCUGCGCAUGGCUGGUGAGUGAGGGAGCCGAUCCUCAAGAAAUUACCGCCGGAGGAAAAACUGUGCUAGAAUCCACUUGCAGUGAGGAGGCCAGGAAGUUUCUCUGA